AUGUACGAAGGGAUUGACAACCUGAAAUCCCUUUACGACCGUGCCGGGAAGACUUUCUCCGGCGGUCCUUCUGCGGCACAGGAUGAGCAGCGUCGUACUGCUCAACCAGACCCAGAACGUCGAUCAUCAGUUGGGAGCGGGGCUCCCAAGAAUCCCAGGACGGGGGAUAGCCGCGCCACCGGACGAGAUAACUCGUCCGACGUCCGUUCACGUCGCGGUGGUUCAACAGCUGCUCAACUAGAUAGCGCUGGCCACCGCGAGAGUCCUCUAAUGGAGGUGGAGGAGGAGGAAAGACGCUCUCCACACGAUCAUGGGGAUCGGUGUGUUCCCGAGAGCUUCUUUGAUCGCGUAACGCAAGGGUUACGCGACGAUGUCGAACAUGAGCGGAAUAGGCGUCUCCAAAUGGCGGACACUGCCUCGAAGCAUCGAGCUGAGUUUGCCUUUGCUCAGCUUGAGAACGAGAGAUCUCUGACAUCUCUUCGUGACGAGCUAAGGGUAGCUCGUGGGAUUGUUGAUCGGUCUCGGGAUGAGAUAGCUGCUCUUCAGACCCUUGUUGAUGCCCACCAUCGGGAGCACAAGGCUCUCUGUGAGAUGCUUGAGCGCAAGGGCGUUCUUCAUCGGAAGAAGCAGCGUACUGAUGGUACGGCUUAA